UAGGUUCUAGCCAAUCGAAACAAGUCAGAAUUGAACAGUGGUGGAGGCAAACCACAGUUAGCCUACUAUUAAAGUUCGCUUAAUUUUAUAACUCGAAAUAAACAUCAGUUGUUUUAAUGUCACCGUCGGUUGUACUUAAUAAAUCAGUCAUUUAUAGAAGGUAAUUAAUGCUUAAGUUAUCAGGGCUAGGCCUAUGUAUCAGUUGCUAUAGAAACCUACGCAGGUAACUUUUGCGGAUAGGAAGUAAACGUUAUCGUUCGUUUCAAAUGUUCAGCCAGAGACGGUAGAUGCUACUUUUCCAUAGCAAACUUAGGUUAACGUGAACGUUAUCAGGCUGUGAAGUUGCCUAGCAGCUAGCAGUUUGUGCAACAUUUCGUAGACUUCGGUUUCAAAAGUUCGGAUAGGUUUAGCUUGGCACAGCUUUGCAGGGUCAUGUCUUCAUUUGAAAGCCUAAACGCGUUACGAGAGCAGAACAAAAACUUACUGAAACGACUGCAAGAACAUACAGAAAAACUUAAGAGCCUCUGUCCCCGUAAGACCCCAAACACCACAACGGUUCAUGGGACUGAUGAAAGGAUGCAGCAGCGAAAUCCUCCAGCAGAGAAGAACAAUGAAGAUGUUAUCACUGACGUGGUCAUUCCAAGUCAUCCAGUUCACGCCCGGGUUGCGCUUAGUAAGCUACAGACACAAGAACCAUCACCUUCAAGGACAUCCAUUAUAGACUCGGUGUCAUCCGGAGAAGCCUGCAAAACGUCAACUCCUUUCCUAAAUGACAGUCAACAACAACAGCCUGACCAAGCGGAGGAAGAGCCGGUGUAUUCCAGACUUUUGAGGGACUAUGGGAAUAUUCGUCAGACCGGGUCAAGGGAGAACAUAACUCUGAAAUCCAUCCUUAGGCAGGACAGUUUAAGGAGGGAGGCCGGCCGAGUAACCUUUCAGCCCCUGGGAGAGGACCGGUCACUCACACCCGACAGACAUCGAGUGCAGCCAUUACUGGGUUAUGACUGGAUUGCGGGACUUUUGGAUGCUCAGGACAGCUCCCUGACUGAACGAUCUGAGCAGUUCUUCAGUGAACUACGCAACUUCCGUCAAGUUAACAAAGACGAGUGUGUCCACAGUCAAUCUUCAGGCCUGUCAAAUGCAGAGACUGCAAUCUCACCUCUCAAAGUAGAUGAAGGCGAACUCCAAAGCAAGGCAGAUAGUCAUCAGUGCACCUUCUGCUACCGGAUCAACAACCGUCUGUUUGCCACCCCCCUAGAUCCUCAGGUUGGCUGUCCGGUGUGCAAGAUGCCCAAAUCCAACCACCCUCACACUGUAUCAGAGCCAGCCUUCAUCAGGGUCAGCAUUCCUCGCUCCACCCUGUUGCCCGCUUACCGCUACAAAGCCCACAGGCGCUGUAGCUUUGAUCCGUCAGACAGCCUGGGCCUGCCAUCUCAUUGUCUGUCAGGAUGGUCGAAUGCACCACCCAGCACAAUCCCACAUAUGAGCAGCCUGGAUCUGCGCAGCUCAAUGGCUUCUGCAGCAGACUCCUCAGCAAAUGCAGAUGCUUUGUUGGAUGAAUCUGUUUUAAAAGGCCGGAGUUCUGAUGACCUACUCGACAUGUCUCGUCUGGCCCGCUAUCGCUUUCAACACUUGCCCCAGAGCCGUUGCAAACUACGCACAUCUUGCUACCCUGUGUAUUAAUCGUCCACGUUUGAAGAUCCAGACACCCAAACACCUAAGCCAAUGGUGACCCUAGCCCACAAACCGAAGAUGUUCAGACUCCUGAAUUGUCAGGAUCUCUACAUUUCACCCCAAGAAAUGUUUGGGGGUGAUUCCUACCUAUUUCAACCAACAGGAUAUAAUGGUCUUAACUUAUAAUCAUAUUCAAAUACAAUCAUGGUUAGGCCUAAACUUUUCUGUCACACACCAGUGUGAUGUCAAUUAGAGUAAACUAGAAUGUGUUUGUUUAAAUGUGUUUUUUCGUUGACUCUAUCACCCUCUCAGAUAGCCACAUGGGCCACUUGUGACACCAGGGCUAUUGAAUUAAAUGUGUUAUUAUGAAUCCAUUGGCCUAUGCUAUGAAACGUAUUGUCACCUGAUCAUUUUAUAAACUGGAUUUGUCAGCAUUUGUGUAACCCUAUCUAUGUUUAAUGAAGUUAAAAAUUAAAUAAUAAACUAGAAAAUGGAA